AUGACUGCAAACUCAGGCCUUCAAUCUAUAUCAGAUCUGACUGCGUCAACUCGUUUAACUACGGGGGACAUUCCUCCACCGCUUGUAGGUUCUUCAACAACUGUCAUCGGUACAAACUUAUAUUUAUUCGCUGGUCGACUUGUUUCUUCACGGCGUAUGACCAAUGAACUUUAUGUACUCGAUCUGUGCACUUUUGUAUGGACAAGAAUAUAUGACACUGAAAAAAAAGCUCCAAAACCAAGAUAUUUUCAUUCAGCUAAUCAAUUCAAUAAUUCUAUUGUUAUUUUUGGUGGAAUGGGUUAUUCAAGAACUUCUGAUGAUGGUUUAUGUGUAUUAGAUGACGUGUCAAUUUUUGAUUUAGAUACUUUUUCUUGGAUACAUCCUACUAUUUCUCCUUCUGAUUUUGCUCCUCGUCCAAGAUAUGCUCAUUUGGCUUCUGUAACUGCUAAUAAAUUAGUUGUAAUAGGUGGUCAAGAUAUGUCUAAUUAUUAUAUUGAGGAAACUAAUGUUUUGGAUUUAAUUAAUAUGAUCUGGAUUUAUUCUCAAUCUUUUGAAAAGCAUUGUGGUGCUUAUCGAUCUGUUGCUGUUAGUAGUACUUAUCGUACAAAUUUACCUCUUUUUGGUGAUAACUCUAUUGAUAAUAUUUCAAUUUCUUCUCUUGAUGAUGUUCCAAUUAAUGUCCCUGAUUCUUCCCCUCCAUUACCUCUUAGAAAAUCUAAUUCUACUCAAUCUUUACCUACUACUCCUUCUAAUGUUAUACGUAAAUUACCUUCAGUAGGUGCUUUUGGUCGUCCUGGUUCUUUAAGAAGAUCUCCUUCUGGUCAAAGUCUUCUUCGUUCUCAUUCUAUAAAAAGAAUUCAAUCUCAAUCUUCUGGAAGUUCUUUUUAUCAUCUUUCUUUUACUACUGAAGUUAAUGAUGAUAAUCCAAAUCCAAUUUAUUUAUAUUCUAAUUAUAAUUUUACUGAUGUUAAACGUGAACUUCAAGUCAUUUCUCCUCCAAAAUCUGAAAAUUAUAUUAUAUCUGAUUAUUCUACAAAUAUGUCGGGUGCUUUUUUACCUCCUGGUCUUAGAUUUCCAACUGGUGCUAUUCUUGGUCAUCAUUUAAUUAUAUCAGGAACUUAUCUUACAAAUUCUAGUCAAACUUUUAGUAUAUGGGCUUUAAAUUUAGUAAAUUUAUUUUGGAUUCGUAUUGAUACUGGUUCUUGUUUUUCUCAAGGUUCUUGGAAUAGAGGUGUUCUUUGUGAUUCAACAAAUCAAUAUAUUGUUCUUGGUCAUCGUGAUAGAUCUCUUGUAGAUGAUUAUAAUCAUAGGCAAACUAAUUUUGAUCAUGUUACUGUUGUGGAUUUAGAAGCUUUUGGUAUUUAUCAAUCCCCUCGUACUACUAUGUCUCCAAUAUCUCAAGAAUUAGGGUUAACUAUGAUGAACAAUCCUAGUACUGCUGAUUUUGAUAUUAUAACUCAAGAUGGUCAAAGAAUAUCAGUUAAUUCUCAAUUCUUAUCUGUGAGAUGGCCUCAUUUUAAAGCUUUAGUUGAAAGUCAAUCGGAAAAAGCUCCAAAAUUAAAUUAUGAUGAUAAUAAUGAUGCUCUACGGAAUUCUAAUGAUAAUGUUGAUGAAUCUAUAUUAAUGUAUAAAAAUAGAGCUCUUGAAUUCCCUGAAUCUCAUAUUGUCACUUUAGCAUUUUUACAAUAUUUAUAUACAGAUCAUCUUCUUACCAUUCAACAAUAUCAACCUCAUGUUUUAGCUCAACUUUUACUUCUCGCUGAUAUGUAUGACCUCGAUCGUCUUCGAAAAUUGACUUCUCAUGCUUUACACCAAUUUUUAGAUACAACUACUGCUGCUUUGAUUUAUGAAACUGCUGCCUUAUCUCGUCAAACUGGUUUACAAAUACGUGCUUUAAAAGUUAUGAUAGCGGCAAAGAAAAUGAAUCAACAACAACAAAAAAAUAAAGAACAAGCUUCUCAUGGUAUCCCAAGUAAUGGUUCAAUGAUAUCAAGAAGAACUUCUAUAACGGAUCAAGAUAUGGCUUUAUCUACAAAUUGGGCUAAAAUUUCUAGUCCUACAAAUUCACAACUACCACCUUCAAUUGCCUCUGAAACAAGAUCAUCAUACUACGAUCCAUAUUCACCAGCUGUAAAUUUACCUCCUCAACCUGGAUUAGUUUUCGCCACUCGUUCAAGAUCAUCAUCAUCUGCUUCUAUGUUUAAUAAUCGUGGUUAUUUACCGACUAUACAAGAUUAA